AUGGACCACUCAAUAAAGAAGCGCAAGCGCCGAGAUAUCGAGGAAGCUACGACCGCCAAAACGAACGGCGCCGAAGGCAUCUCGAAGAAGUCGAAAAAGGUCAAGAAACCGGCUCCCGUGGAGGAAGAACCCGAAGAGGAUGACUUCGAGGGCUUCGACGAGGAGAACAAUGUAGAGGAAGAAGAUGAGUCGGAAGAGGAGGACAAUUCGGAGGAGCAGGCAGAGGAUGAGGACGAGGACGAAGAUGCGAAUGUUGCCGACCUCCCGACCGAUAAUGCCCCCAUACUUCCCAUGGCUGCCGACGCCCAGUCGUUCGAAGAGCUGAAGCUUUCAGACAAGACCAUGAAGGCUAUCAAGGAGAUGGGUUUCACAAAGAUGACGAGCAUUCAGAAAAGUGCUAUCCCUCCUCUUAUGGCUGGCAAGGACGUGCUCGGCGCGGCCAAGACUGGCUCGGGCAAAACGCUUGCAUUCCUGAUUCCCGCUAUCGAAAUCCUCUCUUCGCUGCGCUUUAAGCCGCGCAACGGCACCGGCGUCAUCGUGGUAUCGCCGACGCGCGAGCUGGCGCUGCAAAUCUUUGGCGUCGCGCGCGAGCUGAUGAAGCACCACUCGCAAACGUACGGCAUCGUCAUGGGCGGCGCCAACCGCAAGGCCGAGGCCGAGAAGCUCACCAAGGGUGUCAACCUGCUCAUCGCCACCCCCGGCCGCCUGCUCGACCACCUCCUCAACACGCCCUUCGUCUUCAAGAAUCUAAAGUCGCUUAUCAUUGACGAGGCCGACCGCAUUCUUGAGGUUGGUUUCGAGGACGAAAUUCGUCAGAUUGUCAAGGUCCUGGCCAACGACGACCGACAGACCAUGCUGUUCUCCGCUACCCAGACGACCAAGGUCGAGGACCUUGCCCGGAUAUCACUGCGGCCCGGUCCGCUCUACAUCAACGUCGACGAGGAGGAGCGCUUCAGCACUGUGGAUGGCUUGGAGCAGGGCUACGUCUUGUGCGACGCCGACAAGCGCUUCAUUCUGCUGUUCUCGUUCCUGCGCCAGAUGCACCAGAAGAAGAAGAAGGUCAUUGUCUUCUUCAGCAGCUGCAACUCGGUCAAGUACUAUGCCGAGCUGCUUAACUAUAUCGACUGCCCCGUGCUUGACCUGCAUGGCAAGCAAAAACAGCAAAAGCGCACAAACACAUUUUUCGAGUUCAGCAAUGCUCCUCACGGUAUUCUUAUUUGCACAGACGUCGCUGCCCGUGGUCUUGAUAUCCCUGCCGUCGACUUCAUCGUCCAGUUUGACCCGCCCGACAACACGCGCGACUACAUCCACCGCGUGGGCCGGACGGCCCGUGGCGCGGGCAAGACGGGCCGCAGCCUGCUGUUCCUGCAGCCGAACGAGGUCGGAUUCCUGUCGCACCUCAAGGCGGCGCGCGUGCCCGUGGUCGAGUUCGAGUUCCCGGCCAAGAAGAUCGUCAACGUGCAGUCGCAGCUGGAGAAGCUGAUUGGCAAGAACUUUUACCUGCAGCAGAGCGCCAAGGAGGCGUUUAAAUCGUACCUGCACGCGUACGCCAGCCACAGCCUGCGGUCCGUCUAUGACGUGAACAAGCUCGACCUGGCUAAGGUGGGCAAGGGCUUCGGCUUCCCGACGCCGCCGCGGGUGGACAUUACGCUGGGCGGCUCGAUGAGCAGGGACCGGGUGCAGGGCCGGCGGACAUAUGGCAGCCAGCCUCGUCAAAAUGUCAACGGGAAACGGCGGUAG